CCUAUUGAAACACGUACUACUGUAAUCCUGUAUUAGACUUUCUGGUGGCUGAAAUGAGAAACAUUUGUAACGUUUGGCAGAUGAAAUUCUCACUACCCCAAGAAUUAUCAAUGUUUAAUAGAAUUAUGGGAAACGCAGUUCAAAGUAACUGACCCCGGUUAUUACUUGAAAACUGCAAUACGGCGCAUCUUUAUGGUAUGUAACUCGGGAUCCUGUAAAUUUUAAAGAUGAGUGGAAAACGACGACAUUCUUAUCCUCAGCAGCAGGAAGAGUCCGGUAAAAGAAAAACAAAACGGGAAGAGAUACCUACACUAGCUGCACAGAUUAAGGAAGAGAGAUGCGGCGUACAGACAGCGUGGAGCCGUAAAGAGAAGUGUAGCAGGACUGGACUUGAACUGGAUGUGCAUCCGUUUCCUCACUGUGUCAUCCCUAACUUCAUUGAGAACCAGAGUUUUCUCGAAGGGCUUAAGAAUGAGCUUCUGGGUCUUCAUUUUAAUGAGAAAUCAAAUGAUCUCUAUAAAUUUAAGCAGUCUGAUGACCUGAAACAAAAGGAAGAGCCCUACAUUUCAGCCUUAAGGUGAGCCCUUACAACUAGGGUGCUUUCCUGGCUGACGAAUGUAGUAAAAAUUUGUAUAGAAUCAACUUUAUUAUAACAUUGUUCAGGUUUUGAUUUUUGAAAUGUCUUGCUGUGUCAUGACGAUUGGUUAGAAGGGCGAAGAAUUGCAUUUAUUCUUUAUCUUGUCCCCUCAUGGGAGAAGAGCGAUGGAGGUACCCUGGAUUUGUUCAGUACAGAUGAACAUUAUGAGCCACAGUGGAUUGAGAAGUCCUUGGUCCCUUCAUGGAACACUUUAGUGUUUUUUGAAGUAUCACCAAAAUCAUACCACCAGGUAUCUGAAGUUCUGUCAGAGACAAAGACUCGCUUGUCUAUAGGUGGAUGGUUUUAUGGACCAUCACUGGAAAGGCCACCACGUUAUAUUGAACGUGUUCUACCUCGACACCCACACAACCCACAAGAUCAUGAAAUUUUGUACGAGUGGAUCAAUCCUGCCUACUUGGAUAUGGACGCUCAGUCAAACAUUCAGGAGGAGUUUGAGGAUCGAUCAGAGAUCAUGCUGAAGAACUUCCUUAAGGUGGACAAAUUUCAAAAGGUUUGCAAGGCAUUGUCUGAGACAGACAUCCGGUGGAUAACUAAGGGACCUCCUAAUAAAAGAAGUUAUCAGCAAGCAGAGGAGGAAAGUAUGCCAGAAGUCCUAAAGCAGUGCAUGGAGCUUUUUCGCUCAGAGGCCAUCUUUCUACUCCUCUCCAACUUUACUGGCUUAAAACUGCACUUUCUGGCACCCUCUGAUGAAGAACUAGAAGAAGAAGCAGAAGCAGAGAAGGAAGGCUGUGCCUCAUCAGAAGACCAAAGAAACUCCUCCUGUCCUCACACUCAAGGAACAGGACACCAAGAGCCCAAAGAACCUGGUGUACCAGUUUGCAGGGGUGAAGUGAGACACUGGAGGCAUGGAGAUUAUACCUUGAUCCGUGACAGUGAUGUGGAAAAUACAGAGUUUGCCCUGGAUUUGAUAUUGUUUUCAGGAUGUAAAGGUUGGCAAGCAGAGUUUGGGGGCUACACAUCUUACAUUGCCAAAGAUGAAGACGAAGAGCUACUGACCAUUCACCCAGAAGACAAUUCACUGGCCCUCAUCUACAGGGAUAAGGAGACAUUGAAGUUUGUGAAACACAUUAACCACAAAAGUCUGAACCGAGAAAAAGAAGCAACAGAUAGAAAUGGAUACUGGGACUUUUAUUUUGUCUACUAUGAGUGACUGUGCUGGAGAUCAAUCAGAAUUUUAAUCAGUGUAAACAGGACUUUGAAUAUAUGUAUGCUGACCAGGAAGCUGCAGAGAUGUUUUGUAAUCCUAAAAAAAAGUAAAAUAAAAUACUCUGAUGAAAUUUCGCA